AUGGAUGGAGACUCGCUCGUAGGUUGCAAUCGCGGACCUGUUGAGGCGAGCGUCAGGGGUGGCGGCGCAAAGCUGAAAGCUGUUUUCGACAAGCUUGCGGAGGGGACAGAUAUUGAAGUUGGGGAAUAUGACUGCUUUGACGAGUGCCCGUUCGGCCCGAAUGUCAGGACACUUCGGGGACCGAGUGACCAGUUCGGACGUGUCCUGAAUGGAGUCAAGGGCGAAAAGAGAGUUGCGGAGAUUUUGGGCGUGGACUUGCCCCCGGGCCGCAAGCAAAACCGCAGCCUGACUCAGAAGAAUGAGGCCGGCAUGGGUUUGGCUCAAGCUUGCCACUGCACCACGACUUCAGCAUCAAAGAUGGAAGGUGCAUUCGUGGCGCUUGAUAGUCGGCCGACACCGACUGCCAACCCUCGGUUACUCUCCCGAGUCGGUGGCGCAAACGAGCGGCAUGCACAAAAUCACAAUGGAGCAUGUAACGCGGCAGCCACAGCUUCCGCUACAAUCGCAGCUGUAUGCCUGAGUCAUACACGGAGAAGGCACCAGGCGACCUUCGUUAGUAGCUUGUCCCGGCGAACGCAUGCCAGGGGGCUGGCAGGCCGAGCUUGCAAGUUGCAGUGUCGAGGGCUUCAAACAGGCAUUGUGGGUUUGCCCAAUGUUGGCAAAAGCACACUCUUCAAUGCUCUUUGCGACACUGGCGAGGCAGAAGCAGGCAACUUUCCAUUCUGCACCAUUGACCCCAACAUGGGCAAGGCCAAGGUGCCAGAUGAUCGGCUGGACAAGCUGGCCUCUUUGGCUAACUCCGAAAAAGUUAUCAACGAGAUGAUUGAGUACGUCGACAUCGCGGGACUUGUAAGGGGUGCCUCGAAAGGAGAGGGCCUGGGCAACCAGUUCCUGGGAAACAUCCGCAAUACAGAUGCAAUCGUUCACGUCAUUCGAUGCUUCGAUGAUGAGAAUGUUACACAUGUGGAUGGUAGCGUCGACCCUGUGCGAGACAUAGAAACUAUCAGCCUGGAGCUGGUUUUUGCAGAUGCCGAUCAGUGCGAGAAGCGUCUGAAGAAGGUGGAGCGGGAGGUGGUUGGACAGGUCAAAGGUGCUAAGGAAGAAAAGGAGGCUUUGCAGAAAGUCCUCAAGGUGCUUGAGGAGGGCAAGCCGGCUCGUGCCGCAAAGCUCUCGGAGAAGGAAGAGCUGGCCCUCCAGGAUUUGUCCUUGCUUUCCAUGAAGCCGGUGAUCUACGCGGCCAACGUCUCCGAGGAGGAGUUGGCAGCAGGCAACGAGUACGUGAAGGCAGUACAGGAUUUUGCGAAAGAGACCGGCGAUCAAGUGGUGGUUGUGUCAGCUCAGGUUGAGGCUGAAUUGAAGUCUCUGGAUGCAGAGGAGGUGCAAGAUUAUUUGGAGUCAUUGGGAGUCAAGGAGAGUGGCUGUGGCAGCUUGGUUCAGGCAACGUACAGGACGCUCGGCCUCCGUACUUAUUUCACUUGUGGCCCAAAGGAGACACGGGCAUGGACCAUCCAUGCUGGCUGGAAAGCUCCAAAGGCUGCUGGUGUCAUCCACACAGAUUUCGAGAAGGGCUUCAUCAAGGCAGCGACUGUCAGUUAUGACGACUUCGUAGAAUGCGGCUCAGAGGAGGCCGCAAAAGACAAGGGCAAACUUCGCAUUGAAGGAAAAGAGUACGAGGUACAGGAAGCUGACGUGAUGCACUUCCGUUUCAAUUGA